AGAUUGGGAGGAAGAGGAGGAGGAGGAGGAAGGCCGGGGAGGAACGAGAAGUGAGUGGGGGGAAAGCAUCGGAAUCCAACCGACCGCCCCCACCCUCUCCGAUCAACCAAUCUUCUCCUUCUCUGCGCAACUCUCCCUCUCCCUCUCUCUCUCCUUCCGUUUGGCGGGCGCCGUGCAUUGUUUGACCGUCGACGUCGCGAUGAACGAAGUGAUCACGGCCUCCGACGCUUCGUCCGCCUUCCGAUCCGCUUCGUCGCGGCCGCCGCUCGUCCCCAUGAACUCCCCCCUCCUCUCCGCUCUGCUCUCGCUGGCUCUCGCCCAGUUCCUCAAGCCAUUCACCUGCUGGCUCAAGGAGAAGAGAUGGGACUCCAGGAAAAUGCUUGGUUCAGGUGGAAUGCCAUCAUCACAUUCGGCUACUGUUACGGCUCUUGCUGUCGCUAUUGGUUUGCAAGAAGGACUCGAAGGAUCAGCAUUUGCUAUAGCGGUGGUCUUGGCUUGUGUUGUCAUGUAUGAUGCUUCUGGUGUAAGACUUCAUGCAGGUCGCCAAGCAGAAUUGCUAAAUCAAAUUGUGUGUGAACUACCCCCGGAACACCCCGUGUCCAGCUUUAAACCCUUACGAGACUCACUGGGGCAUACGCCCGUUCAGGUUGUUGCAGGUGCCUUAUUGGGAUGCGUUGUUGCAUAUCUAAUGAGAAGUCCCAGCUGAAAUUUGGCCUGAUACUGGAUAAUCUUUUGUUGGGAGUUGAUGGUGUACUUCGACAAAGGCUCUAAUUUUGACAUCAGUCGCCAACAUUUAGUCGGAUGGAAAGAAACGUGUGAAUGGGAUAUCUUCCUUAAGUGGGAAGAUCUAAUUAUCGUGAUUGUUUAGCGUCUUAAUGUGUGAAAUCCCAAGACAUGGGCUAGUUGCAUGUAAAUUUGGUGGCAAUAUGCUUUCGUUAGUCUUCUUAUUUCCUAUUUGCGCUUCUAAUCACAAUCUGAGCCGACAAAUACAGCUUUGAGCUCCUUACUAU